CGCGAAGAUGAAACUGUCCAGACGAGAACCGCUACCCACUCGACGAGGCCUCCCGGAGUCCUUGAGGCUUGCUGGUGGAGAUCUUCAGCAAGUGGAGUCUCGGACUGUCGUAGCCCUAGCUUGGCUUGUAGCGCCCCACCUAGAAAUCUCGCUGAAGCACACCGGUUACCAAUCGGAUCAUUGUAAUUACUCGGUCACUCGCUUCUUAUAUCAUGUUCCGCCUCUCGAGUAUCACCAGCCACCGGUCAACCCGGAUCUCCACCGCGUAACCGUCAACCGUCUGGUUCGAGUCUGCACGUUGGAUGCAAUCGUAUUUUAUUUUGUGUCAGUAGGCCCCUAUAUUAUCAUACUACCGAGUCGCGCUCGAAUUGAGGAGCUCUCCAGCAUCCGCCUCUUCACAUUACCACACCAAUGGCCGCCCAGCAUACAAGGUGACCAGUUAAGAGGCAUCCCAUCUUACCGAUGACCCAGUGCAACCAGCUAAGCUUGGUGGGUUGUUCUUCCAGCAUUAAGCUCAUUUCGAUUCCUUUAAUUCCGGGGCAGUCGCGUGCAGCUGGGUAAGAAUUGGUUGGUCGAUUUUUCAUCAAAUGGGUGAGAGAAUGACCAGCUCCUUCCCCCGAGGACCACGUUACGACACAGUACUAGAUGAACAUGCUUGAUACGAGCCUGGUGACGGUGGACGAAGAGAUCACGUUGGCAAG